AAUUCCGCUAGUAGCCUCUCUGUUGCCAGUUGAGUAGCAGACUUGGGCCAAGACUCGUGUUUUUAUUUUCGGUCGGAAGUGCCGCGAAAAAUUAUCGUUGUGACUUCUUCAACACUGUUCUCAAUUGUUACAACAUCGUUUCGCUUAUUAGUUUCUAGUGUACAGUGUAACCUUGUCACAUCGUUGGCAACCAACAAAAACAUUAUGAUGAAACUACAAUGGGAAAACAAUCGAAUUUGAUCCAAUAUUGGAUUUUCGAAAAUAGUGAAGCUCCAGUUCAUCGCAAUUUUAUGUUCGUAUAGGCUGUGAUUAGAUUGUAAUUGACAGUGAAUGUGUGCAGUUGUUGCAAUAAACCUAGUGCAUCUACCAAAAUAAUAUUUCUGAAUAAGGAGUAUACUUUGUGCUUCCAUUAGUGCCUCCCUCUUGCAAUGCAGAACUUUCACCUAAUCACACAUGAUCCCAAAAAGAAAAAGUUAUUCCAAGUUGAUCUUGGAGAGUGAAUGCAUGUGUUGACACGAAGCAAGAUGCAUCAUAGAUCACUCACAUCAUUAAUUACUACUUGUCGAGUACUUCAGUCUAGAACAGUCUAGUCAUUCCUUGUGGUCUUUCAUAUUGUAUUUUAUACUAAUCGAGCUGUGAAGAAUGUACCAUUCAUGGAGUAUUCAUGAAUUUUUAUUCUGUUCAAGAGAACAAUAUUCAGGACAAAUCCUCAGAUCUUAAAUAUUGUAGAUAAAUUGUGGAGAAUAUAUCAACCAUCCUUGAGUAUCGGUAGUCAUACACAGGACAGGCGUCUACUAGAUAUCAUAAGGAGCAUAGGUGAUUUAACUGAGACAAAGUGGAAGUGAUGACACAAAUAAGCAGUAUUCUCCGUAGUACUUUUGGUAUUUUAUUAUAAGGACUCAAUUUUUUUGGAGAUCCUCCUUGCUGAAAAAACUUAUUUCAAGUGAUGAAUUUUUGAGAGUGAAAGUGAUGACACAAAUAACCAGUAGGCCUACUUAUUUGUGUUUCUAUGGAGAGUAACCACACUAGAUGUCUAGUGAGUUAUUCUUUUCCGAGUGAUUAUUUCGGAGGCGGAUUAACAGUAUUAAAAUGAACAUCCUGAUCAGGAAGAACUUCCACUCGGAUGGCGGUGGAGGCAGCAAGGACAGGUUCGGCAAGGGGGCGGGCCGUCGCGGGGGCGGCAAAGGGGUACACGGCAAACGCACCCGGGACCCGAUGGGGGGCGGUGGAGGCGGCUACUCGUCCAUGGAGGACUCUGGCUACCACACAGUGCGUACUCACAUCUUCUUCAGUCCGUCUAAUUUGGGGUUGCAGGAUUCGGACGGCGAGAGCGACCCGGAACGGUACGGAGGCGGAGGCGGUGUUCUGGGAGGCCUGGGGGCGGCGGCCAAGCGGCCCUCGGUCACUCUUAUGAAGUGGGCGGUCGGGGGUGGCAAACGGAAACCGUCCGGAGGACGGACAACUGAAUAUCCGGCCGCCCCUCCCGCCUCCAACGGCGGACAACUCACUCCUAGCAGGCAGGUGAGCUUCAACAACGGGCAGUCGAGAACAGGAGGAGGAGGAGGGGGCGCCAUGGGGGGAAGCACAACCCCCUCCAUCAGCCUGCAGCAGGUGCCCCGCGCGGAACCCCUCACCCUGGCCACCCUCGACCGAGACUGCUUCAUCAUCCCCGUCGCCAGCGUCGACCGAUUCCUGCCCGCUGGAGUGCCGCUACCCCUGGCCGAGGCGAAGCCUAGCGUGCUGAGCGUGCUAGAGGUGGAUGAUCCGAAGCUGUGCGUGUUGAUCCACCUGAUGACCCAAAUGGAACCGAUUGAGCCGAUCCUCGAGUCGCCACUCGCCAUGCCAUUGGUCAAGCAGAAGUCGGCCGCCUGCGAUCUGCUCAGCGAAGUCGGGUCUGCCAAGUCGGCCACUGAGGGUAUGCUAUUGGCCAAUCUCGAGAAGAACGCGGAAUUUCCGUUCAUCUCGUACUACGUGAUCAACAAGAGCCAGACGGACCCGCGUUCGUUCUUCGACGAGUGUCGCGCGGCGUCGCUGAAGAAGUUCGACCCGCGCAGCUUCAAGUACACGGCGGCGCACACCUUCGACCUGUUCCAGGAGGUGGCCACCAUCGCCCGACCUCCCUUGGACACGCAGAGCAAGCGGCCGCACACCAAGGCCACCGGAUUCAUCAUCUCCGUCUACAAGGUCUUCGAGGGCGACGACGGCGAGAAGUUCGAGAAGAACUGGCUCUACUGGACUGGCGCUCGCAUGAUCUACCGCUACCUGCCGAAGUCAGUGGGUCUGCGACGCAUCACACUGCACAAGUCGCUGGGCAGCGGCGACAAGCUGUACCUGCUGCUGGUCGAGUGCUCCAACUUCAUGCAAGACCUGACUGCGGCGGCAGUGCUCAUUCCAGCCCUCAGGGCCCGGCUGUGCGGCUACACCGGUCUCUAUCGCACCACUGCUGUCUUCUAAUCUCCUCUCUCUCAUUCACAUUCUACUCAUAGUUUAGUCACAAGAACAACAUUGAUAUUCCAGCGGCGUAAAGCCAGUUACUCACAUCGAUUUUUUGAAAUGACGAUAUCUUGUCGAUCUUAUAGAUUCUACCAGAUCGAAUGAAACUUGACAAACACAUGAUCACAUCAUAAUUUUUGUCAAGUUAUGUUCAAUCCAAUGUAAUUAGAAUACAAUGUAAUUAGUGUUCUAGGUACCUUGGUUCAAUCUAAUAGAACUUAUAAGGACGGCAAAAAAUCGUACAUCCAAAAAUAAUAAUGUAUGGUGUAUCUAUGCUAAGGACAGUCGACUUUUUCUCAUGACAACCAUGACGCUGAGAAGCAACAGAAACAUAGUCACCACUCAACUCAGUUAACAUACCAUACAGAAAAGAUAGUAUAAGGUUACUUAACUUUACACUUAGUAGGCAUAUUCAUGUGGUUUAGAAGCUGAUUUUGUAAACCAGAGACCCGGGUUUGAAUCCCGGCCUGCGCAAGAUAUUUUCCUCGGGCCACUCCCGUGUUUUGGAUGGACACGUUAAGUUGUUGGUCCCGGCUGCCUGAAAACUAGUUGUUAAGUCAUGUCAGAGGCUCUGAAAUUGAUCAGGUGCGACCUGAAAACUCCCAGAACUGAUCCAGCUAGGCAUCAUUAUUAUCUUAUACUAUCUUUUCUCCAAGAUUAUACUGAUGAUACCAUAAGGUCAAGGACCAUGUGCACCAUCUCAAUUUAAACAGAGAUAGAUCAGCUGUUGGUUAAACCCAGAAUGAAACACAUUAUAAUAAACGUUACCGUAACUUCAUAUAAUCGUAGAUUGAGUCUAAACGUGAAUGGUGCAUAUGAACCUGACUCAUUGAGAGGCGAUAGAUAAAAUGAAAAUUCGCCACUUAAUUUUGUGAUACUGCUGAUAUCAUGAUAGUGACAGACAUAGAAACAUACUCGUUUUUGAUUUUUUUGAUAAUAUGACUAUGAUGCUGAGAAGCCAUAGAAGCCUACUCAUAGCUAUAAUUCUGUGAUUCUGCUGAACCAAUGGGAGUAUACUUGCAAUUAAAAUUAUGU